ACUUUUAGGGGUGUGUCACCGUAAAGAUCAGCUACCCGGUUGCCCCACCUCAAAAUCCUGAACAUUCACAGAAAACUGAUGUUGGUUUACAUGAUAUGAAGUUAUACAGCCUGUUAUGCGUCGCUCUUCUCCUGGGGAUCGUCCAAGGAGAGGCCCUGAGCCAUUUUAUUCGUCACUACGAGCCUCUCACCUACGACAGCGAGUCGUUGCUAUGGAACCAUCACAGAGUGAGACGCAGUAUGCUGGGGGAGAGGUCUCUAGAACUACAGUUCACUGCCUUUGGAAGGGACUUCAACCUGCUGUUGAAACCUGAGACCCGUUUCUUUCACAAGAACUUCACCCUAACCAUUGACGGACAGAAAUCAAGCAGUCAAUUGGCCAAAAUCCAUCUGUACAGUGGCGUUGAUCAAAUUUCUGUUGGAGGUAGUGAACAUGCCCUCUACCAACAACGUGUGCUGGGAGGGAGGGGUGUGCCCUCACUGAUCAGUUGGUACUAACCACCUUGAUAACCACCUCUCAGGCAUAAUAAAGAGG